AUGAGUUCAUACGACCGACGAGUGAUCAUAGACUCCCACGUCCACCUCUUUGCACGCGCGCAACUUCCUACUCUACGCUGGACACCCCGUCUUCCCUCCGAUCAUGUUCUCAAGGGACAGAAUUCCGUUCAGGAAUACUGCUCUGCCAUCUCAUCUUCUGCAGGUAAGCUACGAGGCUUCGUCUUUAUCGAGUCCGAUCGCGUAUCCUCUCUCUCCCACGCCGGUUGGAAUCAUGCACUGGAGGAGGUUGAGCUCCCCACUCGAAUUGCCAAAUGGGAAUUGAGGGAGGAAGAGGAUGAGGGUUUCGGAGCAGGAGAUGAGGACUUAGUCCUUGGUAUUGUGCUAUGGGCGCCUGUUCCUGCAGGACCGGAGGCCAUGGAGGCGUACAUGAACUCAGCCAAAGAGCGGUGCGGAGAUGAGAAGGUAUUGGAGAAGAUCAAGGGCGUGAGGUACCUGGUCCAAGACAAGCCGUCUGGCGUAAUGCUUCAACCUAGGUUCAUCGAGAGCUUAAAGUGGUUAAGGAAACAAUGGGCUGGCUUUCGAUUUGGGUGUCGAUGCAAGGAAUGGAGGAAUUUGACAGCUGAGGGAAGCUUAUCUACAUCUGACCUCGGAGGAGAUUGCGAAUGGGUCAUCAGUCCUACGCCAGAUGGAGGGACUACAUUUGAAGAGAUGGCGAGGUUCGAUGGUACUUUUAUGAAACUCUCGGGAGCAUUCUCUGAGCUAUUAUCUUCUCAGAAUUGGCAAGAUCCCGGCUCAUUGGAGAGGAUCAUUGAAAUCCUGACGUGCGACGCCUUCGGACCUUCUCGUAUCAUGUUUGGGUCAGACUGGCCGGUCUGCACUGUCCAAUGGCCGUGGAUCGAGCUCUCAUGGCAGUAUUGGCAUGGCGUUGUCGAGGCUAUCCUCUCUGCACGGAAUUUGUCAGAUGACGAAUCGACCAUGAUCUGGUCCGGCACCGUGCAGGCCGCCUACAACAUACCGUAA